CCGCGCCCGGCGCACGCGCAAAAGCACCACAAACACACGGCACGGCCGGCAACGCCAGACGAGACAAUCACACGACCGGGAGAAGAGCAUUUAGGCAGGCAGCACAGCAGCGAGAAAAGCGAGCGAGGCUGAGCCUGAACCGAGCCGGGCCGAACCAACCCCCCCAGAAAAAGGAGAGGGGGGAGGCAGAGCAGCAGGGCAGAGCCGCGGGCGCCGCCGCGACCGAGGGGAAGGAGGCGGUGGCGGAGGAGGAGGAGGAGGAUGGGGGAGGUGGCGGCGCUGCGGCAGCUGGUCGGCCAGGUGCAGGAGCUCUGGGACCUCUACGGCGCCGUCCACGCCCACGGCCCCCUCCCCAGGUGGUAUUUACUUGACUUUGAGCAUGGUUCGAUCAAGGAUGAUUACUGUGGAGGAAGGACUGGAUACAACUCGGAAGUGUUGAAGAUCAUGGAAGCUAACCAAUCGCCCCCUCGUAAGCGGACACGCAGAGACAGAAACCGUGAGAAAGCAUCCUGCUUAAACUCAGCUGAUGCAAUGAAUCCAGACAUUUGGAGAGAGUUCCCUGAGGACCUUUUCCAAACUGUCAUUACAAGGCUUCCAGUUGCUGCAAUUUUCCGAUUCCGCACUGUUUGCAGGAAGUGGUCUUCUCUGUUGGGCUCAGACAAUUUCUCUCAGCAGUACUCUGAAGUUCCACAUGGAAUGCCAUGGUUCUUUACAAUCACACAUGAGAAUGCCAUCAACAACGUAGCGAUGUAUGACCCAUCGUUGAAAAAAUGGCACCACCCUUCCGUUCCCCUCGCUCCGGCAAAUAUAGUAAUUCCAGUGGCAUCUGCAGGUGGCCUUGUGUGCUUAUUGGAUCUUAGCCACAGAAACUUCUACAUAUGCAACCCUCUUACACAAUCGCUAAAGGAAAUUCCACCCAGGUCUGUCGAGGCAUGGUCAAGAGUAUCAGUAGGUAUGGUGCUGACUGGAAGAACUUCUAAUGAGGGUUACAAAGUAAUGUGGUUACGAAAUGAUGGGAAUCAUGAGGUCUACGACUCUGUGCAGAAUAUGUGGUCACAGCCAGGCAAUUUUCCUCCAAGCAUCAACCUUCCACUUGCUCUUAAUUUUAGGUCACAGCCUGUUGCGGUUGGCAGCACGCUGUACUUCAUGUGUUCAGAACCAGAAGGUGUUUUGUCAUAUGAUGUAAGCACUGGGAUUUGGAUUCAAUUCAUCAUCCCACUGCCACUGCAUCUGACUGACCACACACUUGCCGAGUUCCAGGGAAGAGUUAUGCUUGUGGGUCUGCUGUGCAAAAAUGCAGCAACCUGUGUCUGCAUAUGGGAAUUGCAGAAGAUGACUCUCCUCUGGAAGGAGGUGGACAGAAUGCCAAAUAUCUGGUGCUUAGAAUUUUAUGGUAAGCACAUGAGGAUGACUUGCCUGGGCAACAGUGGUUUGCUCAUGCUCUCCUUGAAGGCGAAGCGGAUGAAUCGUCUCGUGACAUACAACCUGCUGAGCAAGGAAUGGCAGAAGGUUCCUGAUUGCAUGCUCCCAUGCAGCCGCAAAAAACAGUGGAUAGCAUGUGGCACAGCAUUCAGUCCUUGCCCCUCUGCAUUGGCCUGACAGUUCUUUACUUUGUUUCACAAGGGUUGAUGUUAUAUGUUUCAGCCAUUUCGUUAUAUGUUCCAGCCAUUUCGUUAUAUGUUCCAGAGUGUUGAGACUUGCUGGGAGGUUAUCUGUCAUGUACAAAUUCAUGUCAAAGUGGUUGUUUUCUGAAACGUGCUGAAACAAUCGAACAGUUUGGUCCUUAUCUGUUUAUCACCUGCGGGAAUUUGUGUCAGUGCAAUGACAACUGAAUCCAGUAAGGUCAUUGUCGUCAAAAAGCUGAAGAGCAGGCAUCUAUUAUAUCUAGAAUUUUUGGUUGUACCGUUAUUUUCUCAUCUUCAGUGUGUAAUAUUUCUGAAUAUUUUGGUCAUCUCUAGAAUUGAGUCAUAAUAAUAACCGGAGUCUGAUCGAUGCCCCUGUCUAUGUCAUGUUAUUCAGUACCGUUUGUUUCAGGUACUCUUA